AUGCCCCCGCACGGAACCGCGCCCUCGCCGCUGCUGCCGCCAUUGGCAGCAGAUUUUUGGGAUCUGUCGAGCCGUGUGCUCAUCGACGAGCGUUUGCGGGCCAAGGGCCACGUCGCCUCACACUACCACACCUUUGGCGCUCCUUACCUGGUCGACUGGGAUGGCGACGGUUGGAUGGACAUCUUCGCCACCAACCACGUCAAGGACCUGGCCCUCAAUCGCGGCGGCGGUCAAUGGCUCGAGGCCGCGGUGGGUGCCGUUGAGUACGUCGUAGGCUACGCUGAGCAUGAACCACUCGGGGGAAUGAAGGAGAGGUUUGAUGCGCACGGCGGCGCAGUCAUCGACCUAGACCGCGACGGGCUGUUGGACCUGUACGUUGCGCAGGGCGCCGUCCGUGGGACCGACACGACGUACCACUCAGAAAACGGCCUCUUCUGGGGGACCCCCGACGGCCGGCUCCUCGGCGGCCGUGGGACAGCCAGGGAGGCUGGGCUCUUCUGUCAGGGGUGCCGCGGGUACAACGUGGCUGUGGCUGAUGUGGAUGGUGACGGCCUCCUCGACAUCAUCUCAUGCAACAAGGAGCGCAACGACGACAACACGAUCCCCUCGCGGCUCUGGCUGAACCGGCCGACGGCGGCCUCGAGGAGGAAUUUUGCGUAUGUGCCCCAGUUCAGGGAUGGCUUUGCGCAAGAGCUUCUUGUCCUCAUCGACAUCCCGCGAUCGACCUCGGGCCAGGACACGCUCGCAGUGUACAAAUGGGACGCGGCGAGGGGAUUGCUAGCGGAUAUCACACCGGAUUGGUGGCCCAUAUUUGGAUCCCAGUGGAGCGACCGUCAAAUCUAUGGGCGUGAACUCAAGGCUCUCAGCACUGGCGAUUUCAACGGUGACGGCCUCAUUGAUUACGCGUUGCUCACGGGCUGGGGCGUCGACCUUCUCUACUCCUCGCCUGUCGGGCUCCGCACCCAGCCAACGUUGCUCACUGAAAGCACCUCUCCCCAGGCGGCUGACUACGACCUCGAUGGCACGCUCGACCUGCUCGUCCUGUGCAAUUCAAAUGCCGUCAUCCUGACGCAGACGGCCGAUGGCAGCUGGGUCCACAUGCCGGGCGCCUAUGGCGACCUCAACGACCCGGGGCGUAGCAAAGCGGACGACAACUGGCUCAUCUGGUGCUGCAGCAACUACGACGCUUGCACCGCGGCGUCGUCAAUCAGAGCGUUUCACCUUGAGCCCAUGUGUCAGAUGGUCGACUCAGCCUGGCCGGUGGGCAACAGGUGGUUUGGUCUGACUUCGUUCGACAUCGACAAUGAUGGCUUUGUCGACCUAAUGCCGUGCAACACAAAGUGCCGACUCUACCGCAACUCUGGAGGGAACGGAAACUCCUACAUCGCGUUCAGGCUGGUGGGCAGCGCGAGCAACGAGUACGGCAUCGGCGCGACAGCGCUCCUCACCUGGCGUCCCGAGCCGGGUGCGGCGCCAAAGCAGCAGAUGCGCGAGGUGAACCGGGCCUCGGCUGGCGACCCCCGCGGCAGCGCGGACCACCGCCUAGUCUUUGGGCUCGGCCCUUCGGGUGUUCCCCUCCGCUUGGAGGCCCAGCAGCACACCACAGACACCGAUGCCGAUCCUGCGCUGGCCGCCCGAGCAAACACAAUGCAGGACGCCGUUAUUCGGCUGCAGGAGUCGACGAUCAUGGGUACGCCCUAG